AUGGCGGGGGGAGGGUGCCGCCGCCGCCGCCGCCGCCGCUUGAGCAGCGGGUGGGUCGGGUCCCGCGGCCGGGAGCUGCUGGCCGCCCGCCCGCCCGCCCGCGCCGUCGACACCUUCCUGCUCGACUGCGACGGCGUCCUGUGGUCAUGACGGGCCGGGCCGGGGCCGCGGGUGAUCGCCGGCGCCGCCGAGCUGCUGGGCGGCCUGAGGGCCCUCGGCAAGCGCGUCUACUUCGUCAGCAACAACUGCAGCCGCUCCCGGGACGCGCUGGUGGGAAAGCUCGUGGCUUUGGGCCUGCAGGCCGGGCCUGAGCAAGUGUACAGCACGGCCCGCUGCUCGGCUCUCUACCUGGGCGGCGUGGCCCCCCUCCACCGCAAGGUGUACGUGCUGGGCAGCCAGGCCCUGUGUGGGGAGCUGCGCGCUGCUGGCCUGCGGGUGUCAGGCGGACUGCCCGGAUCGGGGGAGGAGGAGGAAGAGGGGCUGCCCGUGUCCCGCUGCACCCUCGACCCAGAGGUGGGCGCCGUGCUGGUCGGUUACGACGAACGUUUCAGCUUUGUGCGGCUGGCCAAGGCCUGCAGCUACCUGCGGGACCCCAGGUGUAUGUUUGUGGCCACCAACCCUGAUCCCUGGCAUCCCAUAGGUGGAGGUGCCGUGGUCCCAGAUCUGAAGCCACUGACUCCCAGCGCUGUCGACGGAGAGACCGAAGGUCAGGUCACCUGCACAGUGCGGCCAGGCACAGGCAGCCUGACAGCAGCCAUAGAGGUGGGUUCGGGACGCAGGGCGAUGCUGAUCGGCAAGCCCAGCAGGUUCAUGUUCGACUGCAUCAGCGGGACGCUGGGCGCCGCUCCCCUGGACCCCGCCCGCACCCUGAUGGUGGGCGACCGGCUCGACACCGACAUCCUGUUCGGGGCCAACUGCGGGGUGCGGACGGUGCUGACCCUGUCCGGGGUGUCCACCCUGCAGGAGGCCCGGGACAACAUGGCCAGCGCAAUGCCCGACCAACGGAGAAUGGUCCCCGACUUCUAUGUGGACAUCGUGAAGGAUUUCCUCCCCCUGCUGGACGGAUGACCACACGCGAGAGAACCCUUGGAGGAGUUGACCCUGCGGACUGGGAUGUCCAUGUAAGAUCUCCUCUCAUCCCAGUGAAUACAAGCCCAGUCAACCCAGUCUGUCAUCAUCUGUCAGCCCUGCCAUCUCGGGAAUUAACCUUGUAAACCUACGCUGCACUCCCUCAAUAGCAAGAACAUAGAAACAUAGAAAUUAGGUGCAGGAGUAGGCCAUUCGGCCCUUCAAGCCUGCACCGCACCUCACCUUCUCCAUCAUGGUCUGGUUUGGCUCAGCCACCAAGCACGACACCUGGAGGUUGCAGCGAAUCGUCCGAUCAGCAGAGAAAGUUAUUGUCUGCAACCUUCCCUCCAUUGAUGAACUGUACACUGCAAGGGCCAGGAAGCGAGCGGGCAAGAUCAUCUCUGACCCCUCUCACUCCGGCCACAAACUCUUUGAAUCACUUCCCUCUGGAAGGCGACUCCGGACUGCCCUUCGAGCCUGCACCGCCAUUCAAUAUGAUCAUGGCUGAUCAUCCAACUCAGUAUCCCGUACCUGCCUUCUCUCCAUACCCCCUGAUCCCCUUAGCCACAAGGGCCACAUCUAACUCCCUCUUAAAUAUAGCCAAUGAACUGUGUGGCCUCAACUACCCUCUGUGGCAGAGAGUUCCAGAGAUUCACCACUCUCUGUGUGAAAAAAAGUUCUUCUCAUCUCGGUUUUAAAGGAUUUCCCCCUUAUCCUUAAGCUGUGACCCCUUGUCCUGGACUUCCCUAACAUCGGGAACAAUCUUCCUGCAUCUAGCCUGUCCAACCCCUUAAGAAUUUUGUAAGUUUCUAUAAGAUCCCCUCUCAAUCUUCUAAAUUCUAGAGAGUAUAAACCAAGUCUAUCCAGUCUUUCUUCAUAAGACAGUCCUGACAUCCCAGGAAUCAGUCUGGUGAACCGUCUUUGCACUCCCUCUAUGGCAAUAAUGUCCUUCCUCAGAUUUGGAGACCAAAACUGUACGCAAUACUCCAGGUGUGGUCUCACCAAGACCCUGUACAACUGCAGUAGAACCUCCCUGCUCCUAUACUCAAAUCCAUGUAAGAUCUCCUCUCAUCCCAGUGAAUACAAGCCCAGUCGACCCAGUCUUUCAUCAUCUGUCAGCUCCGCCAUCCCGGGAAUUAACCUUGUGAACCUACGCUGCACUCCCUCAAUAGCAAGAAUGUCCUUCCUCGUAUCAGGAGACCAAAGCUGCACACAAUACUCCAGGUGCGGUCUCAUCGGGGCCUUGUAUAACUGCAGGAGGAUCGCCCUUGCUCCUAAACUCAAAUCCUCUCGCUAUGAAGGCUUGGCUUUCUUCACUGCCUGCUGUACCUACAUGCUGACUUUCACUGUUUUUAAGAGGGAACUGCAGAUGCUGGAGAAUCGAAGGUUACACAAAAAAGCUGGAGAAACUCAGCGGGUGCAGCAGCAUCUAUGGAGCGAAGGAAAUAGGCAACGUUUCGGGCCGUCUGAAGAAGGGUUUCGGCCCGAAACGUUGCCUAUUUCCUUCGCUCCAUAGAUGCUGCUGCACCCGCUGAGUUUCUCCUGCUGACUUUCACUGACUGAUGUACAAGGACACACCCAGGUCUCGUUGCAUCUCCCCUUUUCCUAAUCUGACAGGGAGACUGGGGGGAAAGGGACCCCGGUGCCAAACAGUAGCGUUUGGGGUGACCCCUGCCAUCUGACCCGGGUUCUGGUGCCAGCGAAUGUGAGCGCAGCAAACCGCACACUAACAGCGGCCAUGCCUCUGCCCUGGAGCACCGCACAAAGCAGACCUUGGAUUGGCUGAAAGUUGAGCAAGAGUGGAACCGAUCCUUUUCUAAUCCUGACUAAAUAAUAAAAUAUCAAAUGCUGCGAAACCACUUGUUUUGUCAUUUAAAAUUAAGAUUUAUGCCAGUUGGAAGAGUGGGCUGAAUGAUGGCAGAUGGAGUUUAAUGCUGAUAAGUGUGAGGUGCUACAUCUUGGCAGGACAAAUCAAAAUAGGACGUACAUGGUAAAUGGUAGGGAAUUGAAGAAUGUAGGUGAACAGAGGGAUCUGGGAAUAACUAUGCACAGUUCCCUGAAAGUGGAAUCUCAUGUAGAUAGGGUGGUAAAGAAAGCUUUUGGUGUGCUGGCCUUUAUAAAUCAGAGCAUUGAGUAUAGAAGUUGGGAUGUAAUGUUAAAAUUGUACAAGGCAUUGGUGAGGCCAAUUCUGGAGUAUGGUGUACAAUUUUGGUCGCCUAAUUAUAGGAAGGAUGUCAACAAAAUAGAGAGAGUACAGAGGAGAUUUACUAGAAUGUUGCCUGGGUUUCAGCAACUAAGUUACAGAGAAAGGUUGAAACAAGUUAGGGCUUUAUUCUCUGGAGCGCAGAAGGUUAAGGGGGGACUUGAUAGAGGUUUUUAAAAUGAUGAGAGGGAUAGACAGAGUUGACGUGGAAAAGCUUUUCCCACUGAGAGUAGGGAAGAUUCAAACAAGGGGACAUGAAAUGAGAAUUAAGGGACUGAAGUUUAGGGGUAAUAUGAGGGGGAACUUCUUUACUCAGAGAGUGGUGGCGGUGUGGAAUGAGCUUCCAGUGGAAGUGGUGGAGGCAGGAUCGUUUUUAUCAUUUAAAAAUAAAUUGGAUAGUUAUAUGGAUGGGAAGGGAAUGGAGGGUUAUGGUCUGAGCGCAGGUAUAUGGGACUAGGGGAGAUUAUGUGUUCGGCACGGACUAGAAGGGUCGAGAUGGCCUGUUUCCGUGCUGUAAUUGUUAUAUGGUUAUAUGGUUAAAAUGGAGGGAUUGGGAGCAAAUGUGUCAUAGAGUGAUCCAGUGUGGAAACUGGCCCUUCAACUCAACGUGCCCACACCCAACCAACAUGUCCCAGCCACACUAGUCCCACCUUCCUGUGCUUGGUCCAUAUCCCUCCAAACCUGUCCUAUCCAUGUGUUUCAGAGGGAACUGCAGAUGCUGGAGAAUCGAAGGUACACAAAAAAGCUGGAGAGACUCAGCGGGUGCAGCAGCA